GGAGAAACGUCAGUGGUUCCGCAGAUUUCUGACUUACCGUUGUAGAAGUAUUAAAAUGUUGUUUGACGAUGUCUUACAUUAUAACUAAUAUUUUUCAUUUUAUUAACCGUGUAACUUCUCAGUUUUGUGAGCAUUUUUAAAAUUCUGUAUGAAAAAAUGUUUAAGUUCGGAUUUGCAAGAGAUACGGUUGAUCGUGACGAAGAGGCCGGUGAAAAGAAGGAGAAAUUAGCAUGGAUUCCUGCAUCAAAGCUGCAAAUAACAUCUGAACAAAUUGAAGAGAAAUAUGAAGGCGAUUAUUGUACAGAGACGAAAGUAUUUCCUGGAUAUAAUCUGAGAUUAAUUCGUUUCGAUAAAAUAAUGGAAAAUUUUAUUAGUACAUGGAAGCAAAACCAGCAGAAUAUCGUUGAGGCAGAGCUACAACAUUCCGAUCUCAUUCCGGCGAAAUAUGAAGGUGGCUUGAAAAUAUGGGAAUGCACCUUCGAUUUGGGUAAGUAUAUACUGAAAGAGGAAAUCGAGUUGAAGGAUAAGCUCGUCUUGGACUUAGGAUGCGGUGCGGGAUUAACUGGCAUUCUCGCUCUUCUCAAGAAUUCCAUAGUUCACUUUCAAGAUUACAAUGCGGAAGUUCUAAGAUUUUUGACUGUACCAAACGUGCUGUUGAAUUUCGACGAUCGCACGAGCGUAUCAACUAGAUGCGAGCUUUAUGCCGGAGACUGGGAGUCCUUCGCAAUGUUGUUCGAUGAUGACGAGAAUAGAAGAUGCGAUUACAUUUUUACAAGCGAGACGAUCUACAAUCCGGAUAAUUACAGAAAACUACACGACGUUUUUAAGAAGAGGCUGAAAAUCGACGGUGUCGUAUUUGUCGCCGGAAAAACUUAUUAUUUUGGCGUGGGUGGUGGAAUGAGGCAAUUCGAGAGUUUUGUGCUGAAGGAGGGAUACUUUGACAUCGAGACAGUUUGGAGGAAUCAAGAUGGUGUGAUUAACUAUAAAUAUAUUUUCUUAUUCAUUAGCUCAUUGAGAUAACGAUUGUGUGUUCGUUUCAGGAGUGAAUCGUGAAAUAUUGAAACUCACGAGAAAGACAUGUUAAUUAAGGAACUUGCAUCUUUACUGCAUAAAACAAGAUUCUUGUCUUGAAGCUAUAUAUUACAUGAUUCUUUCGACGUACAUUAUUGUCUUCAUGGAAACACGAGGUAUUCGUUGCAGUAAUUAAUAUUGCCCGAUUUCUCGCAGAGGAACAUUGCGAGAGUAAGCUAAUUAUUCAUCAUCCCUUUCGGUCGUAUAUAUAUCAUUCAACUUUUUAUUUUCUUUUAACGAUAAUAAAUACCGUGUAUUUUU